AUGGCACACCAAUCCUACCAGCCAGUGGUUCCAUGCGUGAGUAAACUACUGCAGCACAGAUGGGACCAGAGCAACUAUGACAUUCACAGGAAAAAGGUGUCGUCUGCUAAAGCCACCAUAAAUCGGACUCCACCUAAAACAUACCCCCACAUCAAUAACAACAGCAAAGAGAAAAGGCUGAAGGAGGACCGCAUAUCUGUUAUCGAAAGAGACAACCACAUACUGCUUGAGAAAAUCUCUCACAUUAUGAGGACAACUGGAAGGAUUGACAAUAAGAAUGACUACAUAACUAAAAGACUUAGCAGCGAGAAGAGGCAACAGGACCUCCUGAGGAUCACAGAGGAGAAUUUGCUAAUCCUUAGUCGCUUGUCUCAGUGCGGGCCCAACUACAGUGUCCAGCGAUGGCAUGAUGACUGGCUGAGGACCACAGCACUGAUGGAGAACAUUGGAAGAUAUCCUCGUUUGACUUCAGUACAGGCCCAGAGGUUUGGUGCAUGGUCUGCCAAGAAAGUCAGUGGUGGGCAAGUGGACAAAAGCACAGCUGAGCAAGAACAAUCAAGUGACAGCACUGAUGGAAAGCAUCCAGGGCACACCCAGCCAGAGGAGGAUGAUGAUAGUGACAUCUCACCAGAGGAGAAGAAUGCAGACCACCAGGACCAGAAGAAUGCUGAAGUGUCUGAAAAUUAAACAAUAGAACCUAAUACUACAAUGCAGGGAAAGACCUCAAUAAAGAUUUGUCACAUGCUA